AUGCAGUUACCUUUAAGACGAUCGGUAAGACCAAAAUUUCGAUUAGCUAACCAUAAUGCGGUUCCAAAGAAUUUGAUUGCGUUUGGAAUUGAUAUAAUUGCGUUUUGCUGUCCACCUCCUAGUCAUGCGAUUGAAGGGCGCGUGGUACUGGCGUUGGGAAGGGUCUGGCAUCCAGAACACCUGGUUUGCAGAAAAUGCGAGGAGAUUCUGAGCGGUGGAAGCUUCUACGAGGAGAACGGUGAGCCCCUGUGCUUUUAUCACUUCCGCAUCCUCACCCAAGAAAUCUGCCACAGCUGCCGCAACCUCCUGCCUGAAUGCCUCAUCGAGUUCGCCAACAAGCUCUACUGCCUUGAACACUUCACCUGCGAGUUGUGUGACAAGCUGCUGCUCUAUGUCGCUGCUCAGCAGACGUGGCUUCUGGUGACGCUGACGCGUUUCCUGCCUUUUGUGUUUAGCGGUCGCUUCCACAUGGUGGAUCUACGGCCUGUCUGUAAAUCCUGCUACCGCCGCCUGCCCAUUGACAUGCAGCGACACCUUCAGAAGUGGGGACGCAAGGACAAGCACCCAGUUAACAUCGGACUGCGCAACUUCAUCGACCGUCUGCUGUGCAUUUAUCCACGAUCGAGUUAUGCGAGGAAGCAGAUUCCUCUCAAUCGUGAAGCCCUGCCGUAUCUCCGCAUUAGAUGGCAUUCUUCACCUGAAACCUCCCCCUCCCCACCUAGUUUCACAAACCGACUUCAAGAUCACCAUUCCCCAUCCAUGGUCUGCAUUGUUUCUCAUAGCCAUUAA